ACCAUGGACAAGAAAAAGAACUCAUCGAAGUUCUCGCUCCGCGAUAUGUUUGCGUCCAGCCUGAUAUCGCUGUCGGAAGAGCAGUCCCCAGUGCCGAACCACCGCGCCUUUUUAAAACGGAAGGAUUCCAAGGGAGGAGAUAUGAUAUCCCCUCAAUCAAGCUCAUCUUCCUUGACAUCCCUCUUGAGAAGAGGGGGGAACGCCAACUCCACGGUGAAAGUUCCUUCCAACCUCCACACUAAUUCCCAGUCGCCUGACCUUGAGAAUGCACAUGCUAGUGCUGCCACCACAAAUGGAUCCACUACAAAGUCCCCAACUCCUGAGCCAAGUGAUCAUGGAUUGACCGUUGGUUCUGGUGGGGUUGCUGGGUCAACCACCCCUUUCCAUGGAGUCAGUCCGUCUGUGUCCAAGGACCAUGGGGUGCACACAUCGCUUCCACUUUCUCCUCCUCCUCAACAGCAGCACCAACACCACCAUCACCUCUCACUCAAGAGAUUUAUCAAGAAGUUUAAGCAUUCCAAUAACCAAACCUCACACAAUUCUAACCUUCAUCCGACGAGUUCCGGGCACUCGUUGCACAUUAAUAAGCAUAAUAAUAAUCAUACCGAUGCCGGCACUGGCGGGGCAUCCAACCCCUUCCGGAAGUACGGAAACGUUGGCCGGUUGCUUGGAUCUGGAGCUUCUGGGGCUGUGUCCCUCAUCACGUCGCCUCUGGACCCAAACGUCAUCUAUGCAGUGAAGAAAUUCAGACCACGUCUCCCCAAUGAAUCGGAUCUGGAUUAUCGUACCAAGGUGAAGAAUGAAUUCAAAGUGGGUGAGUAUCUCACCCAUCAGAACCUCAUCCAUACCAUCGAGCUUAUCAAGGAGUCGCAGUCCAAGUUUCUCUCGGAGUCCUCGUACUACAUUGUCAUGGAAUAUUGUCCCUAUGACUUCUUCAAUCUUGUGAUGCUGGGACUUAUGGAUCGUCAAGAACUGGCGUGUUAUUUCCGCCAGAUUAUCGAAGGGGUCGGGUAUCUCCAUGAGCAUGGAUUGGCGCAUCGGGACUUGAAAUUGGAUAAUUGUGUGGUGAAUUCCAAGGGUAUUCUUAAAUUGAUCGAUUUCGGACUGGCAGUGCAAUUCCAAAGAGAUCGUGUCAAGGGAGCUCCUGCUUCAGAGGAAUUGGUUGAUGAUGACCACCGGUUGAUCCGGGCACGUGGGAUCGUGGGGCUGGAUCCAUACUUGGCGCCUGAAGUGCUUGAACCGUCGAAUUUCGGAUAUGAUCCAAGAUUGGUAGAUGUAUGGUCUGUGGCAAUCAUAUAUUGUUGUAUGGUUUUAAAGAGAUUCCCAUGGAAAAUUCCUCAAGAAAGUGAUCCAAGUUAUAAAGCAUAUGCUGGAAUUGAAGAUAAACCAAGUUCACCUACUACAGGGACUCCUGCAUCGGUAGCAGUCCCUUCUACAGAAGCUCAAGUUACAGUACUGACUUCACUGACUCCACUGACGUCAGCUCCCGUGUCGGUAUCUUCUGCGUCUACCGCACCAACGUCUUCCAAUUCUACACCUUCUGCGUCUAAACUCCCACCAAGAGGACCAGAUCGUCUUCUUAGAAUCCUUCCAACAGCAUCAAGACCUCUUAUCAAAAAGAUGCUUGCCAUUUCUCCCAAGGAUAGAUAUUUUAUUACCGAUGUUAAAAAGGAUGAUUUCUUCCUUUCCAUUGAUUUCUGCCAUUUUAAUACUGCUGGUGAAUUUAUUGCUGGUAAAGAUCAUACCCAUCAUCUUGUUACUGAGGAUGAUUUACGGAAAAUAAAUGAAGAAAAGGAAAAAUUGAAAGCUUUAAAGGGGGCAGGGGUAGCUUGA